AUGGAAUCUUCUCGAUUGAAGUUUAUUAGGCUUCGUCAGAAACAAUUGAGACCACACUUUUAUAAAGGGUUAGAAGAUGCUAUUUUGCAUGGAGACAUAGAACCUUCUUCUCAAGGACAAAGAGUUAUACUCUCUUCCAGCUUCACAGGGGGUGCACGUUACAUGUUGCAAAAUUAUCAAGAUGCCAUGGCAAUUUGCAGAUGGGCAGGAUUUGUGGAGAGUAGGGGACUAUCUCCAGAAGAUCGUCCUGACAUUUUAACAAGGAUUUUCAAAGUCAAAUUGGAUCGCAUGAUAAAGGACUUGCGAGACAAUAAAGUUUUUGGAGAAGUUAAAGCAAAUAUUGAUGGAAUAAAUUCAGCAAAAUUACCGAAUAAAAAUGUUGAUCUUCAAUAUUAUAAGGCUGUUACGAAUCUUAUGAUGCAUGGCCCGUGUGGUUCUGCUAGAAAAUCUUCUCCUUGCAUGCAUAACGGCAAAUGUACAAAGCACUUUCCAAAAAAAUUUGUGCCAUCAACCACAGUUGAUGAAGAUGGGUAUCCUAUUUAUAGAAGAAGGGAGGAUGGUAGAACUACAUCGAGAUCAGGUAUUGAGUUGGAUAAUAGGUAUGUUGUGCCACACAAUAGAUUUUUAUUGUUGAAGUAUGACGCACAUAUUAAUGUAGAGUGGUGCAAUCAAUCAAGAUCCAUUAAGUACUUAUUUAAGUAUGUUAAUAAAGGAAAUGAUCGUGUCACCGCAACUUUCUCUCAAAGUGUAAAUAAGGAAGACUCGGGGGUAGUUGAUGAAAUAAAUAUGUAUUAUGAUUGCCGAUACAUAUCACCAUGUGAAGCUGCUUGGAGAAUUUUUAAAUUCCCAAUACACCAUAGAGAACCAUCUGUAGAAAGGCUAUCAUUUCACCUACCGAAUAAUCAAAAUGUCAUAUUUUCAAAUGAUGAUCCAAUAGAUGCAGUUGUGAAUAGACCAACCGUAAAGGAAUCUAUGUUUUUAAGUUGGUUUGAAGCAAAUAAGGCAUUUUCUGAAGCAAGAGAAUUAACUUAUGCAGAAUUCCCUCUUAAGUUUGUUUGGAAACAAAAAUUGAAAAGAUGGGAAAAAAGAAGAACAUCUGCAUUUUCUAUUGGAAGAAUCUUCUUUGUUCCACCUGGAUCUGGCGAGCAAUAUUACCUUAGAUUGUUGUUUAAUGUAAUUAAAGAUUCAAAAUCCUAUGAGGAUCUCAAAAAAAUCAACGGUCGUGAUCAUGAGACUUUUAGGGAUGCAUGUUAUGCUCUAGGUUUAUUAGAUGAUGACAAAGAAUAUGUUGAUGCUAUAGUAGAAGCAAUUAAUUGGGGAAUGCCAUCAUAUCUUAGGCAAUUAGUUGCUAUGCUACUUUUAUCAAAUUCAAUGUCACGUCCAGAAAGUGUUUGGCAAGGAACAUGA